AUGUCGUCCGACGCCAAACCACCCCCAAAGCCAUUACCGUUCAUUGCCAAUUUCGCAGCGGGUGCCAUAGCAGGCAUCUCUGAGAUCCUGGUGUUCUACCCCCUCGAUGUGGUCAAAACCCGUAUGCAACUCGAUACCGGAAAAACGACCCAAGGUUUGGUUGGGACGUUCAAGUCCAUUGUGAAGGAAGAAGGUGCGGGGCGAUUGUACCGAGGCCUUGUACCGCCCUUGUUGCUGGAAGCACCCAAGCGUGCAGUUAAAUUCGCCGCGAAUGACUUCUGGGGAAAGACUUACCUCCAACUCUCCGGCAAGGCGAAGAUAGAUCAGCAAUUGUCCAUCUUAACGGGUUGCACUGCUGGUGCUACUGAAUCUUUCGUUGUUGUUCCAUUCGAACUAGUCAAAAUUAGACUGCAAGACAAGACCAGUACUUACAAAGGUCCCAUGGAUGUCGUAAAACAAGUUGUCGCGAAAGAUGGUCUACUCGGGCUCUACGCUGGGAUGGAAGCUACAUUCUGGAGGCACGUCUGGUGGAAUGGAGGCUACUUCGGAUCUAUUUUCCAGGUCCGAGCAUUGUUACCUAAAGCUGAGACCCAGCAAGCUCAGUUAACGAACAACUUGAUAUCUGGAACGAUUGGAGGGUUCAUGGGAACAGUAAUAAACACACCAUUUGACGUUGUAAAAUCCCGUAUUCAAGGAACCCCCAAAACUCCCGGUGUCGUCCCCAAGUACAACUGGACUUAUCCUGCGUUGGUGACCAUCUUCCGUGAGGAAGGUCCUGCCGCGCUUUACAAAGGGUUCGUUCCCAAAGUCCUACGACUCGCUCCGGGAGGUGGUGUCCUCCUCCUCGUUGUCGAAUUCACUCUCGGUGUCUUUAGACAAGCACUCGGCCCUCCGUAUAUCUAA